AUGUCCACCCAAAAGAAGGCGCUAUUCGCCACCGAAAACGCAGAGUUCGUCGUCCGAGAGGACAUUUGCCAUGAAGACCUCGCAGACAACGAGCUGCUGAUCGAGGUCCAUUACUCUGGCAUUAACCCCGCCGACAUCAAACAUUCGACACUGCUGGGGAUCCGAUCAACCGUAAUUGGAUAUGACUUUGCCGGUCGAGUAAUCACGCCGCCUCGUGUCCCCUCUGUCUCAACUUUCAACGAGGGCGAUAUCGUCGCGGGCUAUACCCCGUCAGGUCUCGACCGGCCAUCCAAGUAUGGUGCCCACCAGGACUACCUCGUGGUCCCAGAUGACAUGGUGUUCAAGGUCCCUAGCAAUCUCCCCGAGCAGCACGCAGCGGCUCUGACAUGCGUGGUCAUGACUGCCGCCGACGCUAUUCACAACCUCUUCAAAUACCCGCUCCCCACGAGCGCUGGGACCUCCACCAGCCCCAUUCUAAUCUGGGGCGCUUCCUCGUCCGUGGGAAUUUCGGCACUUCAACUCGCGCGCGCCUCUGGUGUCCAGAAUAUCUUCGUCACGGCCUCCCCCGCUCGCCAUGAUCUGCUCAAAUCUCUCGGAGCGACGCAUGUCUUCGACUACCGGUCUAGCACGGUCGUCGCGGACAUAAAAGCCGCAGUUGAGGCGCUGGGCCAGGGCCUCGUUACCCACGCAUUUGACGCAGCGGGGUCCUCGGGUGCUCCGUCGUCUGCAGACCUGCUCUCUCAGAGUGUAACCGACUCGACGGAGCUGGCCUCUGUCGUGCUGCGUCAGGAUAAGAGGUUCCGGAUGCCAGUGGCAAUGACCAAGGAUCCCUGGGCUAUUCACCCGCCUGGAGCUCCGCACCCUAUUAGCUUGCCGUCUAGGCCCACAGAUCAUUGGAAUGCCUGGAAGGCUGUGAACUGGGCGAUUGAGAACUAUAGUCGGGGGUUUGAGAUGGUAUCUGUAGAUGUUGUGGAGGGAACGGCAGAGGAAUCGUUGGAAGAGGUCUGGAAGGUAUCUAAUGGGGAGCGUGGCUUUGGGAAGGUGGUUCUGAGGCAUCCGUUUAAAUAA